AUGUCGGCGCCGGAAGGCCAGCGAUGGCUGGGAGUCCCAGAGCAGGAGUGGCCCGCAGGAAUCGCGGAGGAACCGGCGGUACGCGAGGCUCGCAACCUGGGCGGCAGGCGCAGCGUGCGGAUCAGGAGUGGCGGACGCACGUAUCACGAAGCCCGAUCCGGUGAUCAGCUCCGACAGCGACGUCGAUUGGAGCAGAGGAGGUGGCGGCUUCAGAAGGCCACCAGCGACACCGACGGCCGCAUCCCAACCGGCACCACCCAUGUCGAGUGGGCCAGCGAGGAGCCACCUGCGGAGCAACGGACUCCCCGCAGCCACGAGGAGCAGGUGGCAGCCGCCACGCUGGAGUUUCGGCUGAGCCUGGAGGCGCGGCGGAAGACGGAAGAGACUCAACUGCGAGAGAUGGAGGAGGACCCGGAAUGGCAGGCCCUCGCCGAACCGUGGGUGCCGCCCCAGGAGGUGGCCGACGUUCGGGCUGCCUCUCCGCCGGGCUGGCUGCCGGGCUGGCUGUCGGAGGUGCCGCUUACGCCGCGGAACGAGAGUUCGCCGACGCGACCACCCUCACCGAAAGGCGAGGCGCUCCCUGUCCGGUCGCCACCACCGCCGCAACCGGAUACGCCACCUUCACCGGCGAGUCACGGCGGGGAAUCUCCCCGGUGGAAACCCGCGCGACCACCCACGCCGAGGUUCGAACGGCCGCCGGCGGUAGGAGCGCACCCGCGGCCGGACACGCCGCAAUACCAACCCGGAGACCCGGUGGGACACCACGUCCGAACGGACAUACCGGCGGCGCACGUGACCCAUAGCGUGCGGUCGUUCGUGGCCGAAGGCGUGAGGUGGUGGCAAGACGGUCGUCUGGACAUGGCCGGAGGGCCCCGCGGAGAAGGCGAUGGUGGAGGAGCCCCGGAUUUGGGAGGAGACGGGACCUCGGGUGAGCCCGAUGGAUCCCAGAACCCGUGGACGGCCGGACCUAUGGACCUCGCCGACACCGAGUACGCGGCCAUCGACUCCAGGGACAGGGCCCACGACACCGGCAGCGACGCGAGAUGA